CCCCUUCUCCGAAAUACACUCAUUGUUUAAGCUCCUUGUCCUUGCAGCUUGCAGAGGCAACUCAACUAAUCUAUUAAAUUUUUCUCUCAACAAACAAACACAAAAGUGGAUUAGGGGAGAGCGAAGCUCAGCAAGUUUCAAAUCCACACGCAUAACAGAUUUCAACCACUGAAGAAAUGGCGCUGCCCCAUUCCAUCAUUCUGCCCUUCUCGUCCAUCAUUUCACCAUGUUGUCUUCCCAAACAUAAACCUACCAAUUUCACCCUUCCCUUUAAGCUGAAUGGUGAUAGCUGUAGAUCAAUAAGAAUCCCAAGCAGAGUUCAAGCACUCAAAUCUGAUGGUGGUAAAUGGAAGAAGAGAGGGCAAGAAGCAUCUAGUGACACUGAUGACGACGAUGACGAUGACGAUGCACCUCAGCGGUUUAAUAAAAAUGACCCUUACCUUAUGAGUCCUGAGGAGAGACUGGAAUGGAGGAGGAACAUAAGACAGGUGUUGGAUAGGAAACCUGAUGUUGAAGAGGAGUUAGACCCUCUGGAAAAGAAGAAAAAACUGGAGAAGCUUUUGGAGGAUUACCCUCUUGUUGUGGACGAGGAUGAUCCUGAUUGGCCAGAAGAUGCUGAUGGUUGGGGAUUCAGCUUGGGCCAGUUUUUCGACAAGAUUACCAUUAAGAACAAGAAAAAGGAUGAUGAUGAUGAUGACGACAACGAUGAUGUUGAUCGUCCAGAAAUCAUGUGGCAAGAUGAUAAUUACAUUCGUCCCAUCAAAGACAUAAAGACUGCCGAAUGGGAGGAGACUGUAUUCAAAGACAUAAGUCCCUUGAUUAUUCUCGUGCACAAUCGAUAUAAAAGGCCAAAGGAGAAUGAAAAAAUUCGGGAUGAACUAGAGAAGGCUGUGCAUAUCAUAUGGAACUGCAGGUUGCCCUCACCAAGAUGUGUUGCGAUUGAUGCUGUUGUUGAGACUGAACUGGUUGCUGCACUUCAAGUAUCAAUAUUCCCAGAAAUUAUCUUUACUAAAGCAGGCAAGAUUUUGUUCCGUGAUAAAGCCAUUCGCAGUGCAGAAGAGUGGUCAAAAGUCAUGGCUUACUUUUACUAUGGUGCAGCAAAACCAUCCUGUUUGAAUAGUUUGACAUAUUCUCAAGAAAAUAUUCCUUCUAUUGUCACUGACAAUCCAGUGUCCUGAAAAAUUCAGGGUCCAAAUUUUGAAUCCAUCCAUGCUGCUGAAAUAUUUCCAUAUAAAGAUGCCUCUCGCAUUCUGCCUUUGUAUAAUAAAAUGCAAGGAGAAUGUAUAGCUCUAUUGACUGCAUAUAAUGUGAUAAAAUAACUUGCAUAAAAGAUGCAACAUAAUUGCUAGAGUUGGCUUGUUUGAUUUGUGUCCAUGGAAGCCAUCAGAGGAAAUGGGCAUCAGACUUGGCUUUUGGGAUGAAAGAAAAAUUGAACGUGGAAGAUGAAACUUGGUGACCAGAUUGCUAAUUUGCUACUAGAAGUCAAAACUCGACUUGAUGUAUCAUUGAGGCAAUGUGUAUAUUUAGAACUUAGAAGGUACAAUGAGUCACCUUUUUCUAGAAAUGAAAGGUUAUUUGUAAUAGACAUUAGAACGUGGUAUGCGAAUGAAGUAAAGUAGUAUUGGCAAUGGCAUACAUUACUAUGUGA